GAAAACUUCGUUGAAGAAGAAACCACGGAAGUUAUAGCAGCAGUUUGUUUCCAAACGUUAACCGAGGUGAAAUUGUAAAACAACAAAGUGAAGCAACUCGAAAUGUUUAUUUUCAUUGUCGGUAUGUAACUAUGUUGUUUAUAAGAAAGAAGAAAAUGGAGCUUCCAUUACAAACAGGAACUGUCGGAGAAGGAGGAUUUGUGGCCAAACACAGUAUUUUUGGCUUCAAACUGUGGCCCGAAGUGUUGCUUUCAGUCCUUGUUUCCGCCGCAGUUGUUGCGGCUGCUGGCCUGUUUUGUGCCUUCCUGCACCCAAUACUGCAAGAGCUGCAAGCAGAAAGAGUGAUAAAAGAAGAUGGGACAGAGGUACGAAUGUUGGGUUUUCGUAGUAUCCUGGUUCUGUCAGCAUUAGCAGGAAUUAUGUGUGGUUUCUUCUCAUGGACCCUGGCAUACCUAAAUGCCUACAAACCAGGCAUGGUGCCACUAACAGGCUCGCUUUUAUACAGAGACACAGUGGAUCAAAGUUUGCACUUUGACUAUGGUGUGGCUUUCCUUAACGGAGCCAUGGCAACACUGACAGUCAUCUGGAGCCUGACCUGACAAUAUCUGAUGGUGUUUAUGUACUCAUAUACUGUGAACAAUAGGGGUGCCUGUGAAACUAAGUUUUUAGAAUACAAUUUCAAAUUUAUACUAUUACUAUUGUUCUCCCCCCAUUUACAGUAUAUGUAAAAUGAUAAAAUACACUGUCUAAAUACUAGAGGUGUAACGGUACACAAAAAUUUCGGUUCGGUACGCACCUCGGUUCAGAGGUCACGGUUUGGUUCUUUUUCGGUACAGUAGGAAAACAACAAAAUAUAAUUUUUUUUAUUAUCUAACAAAUUUGCUAAAUCUUCCACCAAAAAUAUUUUUCUUAGUGGAAUAUUUGAUGUGAAGUAAUCGGAAACUUGGAUAGGUCAAUAAUUCAUAAUAACAUUGAUUUUGAUUCAAUAUUAUGUUUUGAGCAACGACAGUUUGAAAGAAAAAAACAGCUUUGUUUUAUUAGUCAACGUUGCAACUUUUUCAAAAUUACAUUUAGCCUUUAAGCUUUUUUAUUUCACUUUUGUUUAUGUUUUUGUUUAUUUUAAUAGUAUUUUUAGAAUGUGCCGUGGGCCUUUAAAUCAUUAGCUGUGGGCCGCAAAUGGCUUCCGGGGCUCACUUUUGACACCCCUGCUAUGGAUGAUAAAAAAUAAAAUAUGAUAAAAAGCAGAGCCUGGCGAAUGCUGCUGCGCACACCACUUUUUGUUUUGUUUUUAACCCCUUCUUAACCCUGAACGUACAUUGAAAAUACACACAACCCUAACUUAAAAUGCCGGACAUUCGAGGCAUUUAAGAAACUCCACCUGGACAGCUCCGCAAAGAGGACAUAUCCGGUGAAAAGAGGAGGUAUGGUCAGUCUAUCAUAGCCCGAUGCUAGCAUGCUGUGUGUUGUUUUUUUUUGAUUGAUUGAAACUUUUAUUAGUAGAUUGCACAGUACAGUACAUAUUACGUAGAAUUGACCACUAAAGGUUAACACCCCAAUAAGUUUUUCAACUUGUUUAAGUCGGGGUCCAUGUAAAUCAAUUCAUGGUGCCUCGGUGUGCAUUGUUUACAAAACGUGCGGUGCGCUACUUAAUAUGUCCGUGUCAUUCAGUACACCUCCGCACCAAACCGAAACCCCUGUACCGAAACGGUUCAAUACUAAAACACGUACCGUUACACCCCUAGCAAAUAGUUUUUUUUGCAGCUUGACGCCAUAUUCAAAAUAAUACACAUCACCUUUAAACACACAAUAUCCAGCAGGCACAAGAUAUUAAAACAUUGAGAACUAGUUGAAUUAGGUCCUGACAUUGAGCAACUCAAACAUAAGUUGUUGCUUUUUGACAACGUUUAAUCAAUUUUGGGUUCUGACGUUCAUUUGACUAUAUAUUUAUAUAUAUAUUUGAGUUGCUUUUUGACGUUUAAUAAAUUUUGGGUUCUGACGUUGAUUUGACACACAUAUAUAUACACAGACGUAUAUUUACACAUAUGCAUGCAUACAUACACACACACACACACGAGAUGCCUAAGCAACGGGACAGAUUUUUUUUUUUUAGUUUUUAAUCUGGGACGUCCAGUCCACGGGCCAUAGUUUGGCGACCCCCAAAUGUCAAAUACAGUAACAUGUGCUUUUGAAAUAUUUUUUAUUUUCAUCUACGAAAAAAUGACUCGUUAAUUCAGGCACAUAAAAAAAUUUAACGUGUUCAUGCAGUCAAUCAUGAAAAGGUUUAAGGUCAUAAAUUCACAUUCAGUCAUGAGAGUUAAUCCCCAUGUUUGGCCCUUCGUGAUUCAGUUGAACAGUUUUUCUUGUGUGGAAUGAUUCUUCAAAGUAAAGUCGCACGUCAGUUUUUGUACGCCUAACUUUUCAUGGGAUUCUGUUUUUUGACCACAAGUUUGCCAGUUUUUGUAUUCUGUCUAAAUUGAUCAUCGUUGUAACAAAGAAUCUCACAUUGGUGACUCAAAAGCUGUACUUUUGUUUUUACAACUGUGAAUGACUGCAAAAUAUCCCACUUUGGGGUGAUAGACAGUUGUGUCAACACUUUAAUAAAGAAGGUGAAAAACACUAAUUUAUUCAAGAAAUAAAUUGUAGCAAAGUA